AUGAAUUCCAAUGAACCAAAUAGACCAGUAGUAUUGGAAAAAAUUCAGCUAGAAUCAAGAAAGGUUUUUUCGGUAAAUAACAGGAGAGCAGCGAUUGAAGAGAGAAAGAAUGACAGAAAAUUACUCAAUAAUGGACUAAUCAAUGGAAAUUCUUUUUUUGUGAAAAGACAAAAAUUACUUGAUGAACUACCACCGCACCCAAGAAAAGUACUAUUACCUAUUAUAGAAAACCAAUUUGUAUUUUUAGGAGGAGUUGUAUUGUCUCUAAUUCACAAAGCUAUGAUGAGUAAUUUUAGAAAGAGCAUGGUUGAUUUUAUAAUUUUAAGAUCGCUAUUUGGGAAUGGAUUACUAAUAUUUUUACUAUUUGAAAUACAUUAUUUAAAAGGAAGAAUUAAUGUUUUGGCAACCAAAAGAUCAACAAGAGAUGUUAGUUCAUUAGAUUCCUCUAUAAAUAAUGUGAGUAAUCUUUUUAUUAAUCUUUCCAGAAAGUCGAAGGUAUCACUAAUUAUUUGGAUGUUCAUUUCCAGUAUUUUAACGAUAUCACAACCUUUGGUUGAUAAGUUUUUUCCAAUUCAAAUAAUUUCCUUAUCCCAGCCUUUUGCUCCUUUAAUUUCUCUCUUAAUAUUCUUCAUAUUUACAUAUAAAAUAAAUAAACAAUACUACUUUACAAAAGCCUGCAAAGACAAAAUGAUCUAUACUAAAUUAAACGUUUGCGAUAAUAAUCAACCAGAUGUUUCAAUUAAUAUUUCAAAUUCCUCAGCAUUUGAAAGCAACAAAAUAACUGAAAAUAUUAAUUUAGAAACAGAGAAACUAUUUCAAAGAUCAAGAAUGAUUGCUGAUAAUAAAAUCUCUUAUCAAAAUUUAUUGAUUAUUUUCCUGAGCUUCAUUUCUCUUUUUUCAGUUACACCAAUUAAAGGAAUGACAAUUUACUUUAAGAAAACAACCCUUAGCUUUUUAUUUUGUGGACUUAUUCCAACAUUAAUACUUCCUUGCUUGCAUGAUGUCAUUUUUCAUCUAAUUUGCAAUCGAAUUUUGAGGGAAUUAAUGGCAGAUAAAAUAGAAUCUAACCCAAAAUACAACAUUAACUUCACCAGAAUUAGCCCGAUUGAUGAUCUAAAAAGGAAACUAUGUAACGUAUAUAUUCACCUUUUUAUGACUUUGGGACAAAUUUUGAUAGUAUUACCUGUUUGCAUCGGAAUUAAAGCUAUAUUUUAUAUGAAACUCUCAAAAUUAACUUUGACAAGUGGGAAUGUUUCUAACUUAAGUUUAUUUGGGUCAAUUUUUGAAUCCAUUUUUGAUAUUGGCAUAAAGGAAAUUGCUAUUAUUUUAUUUUCGGUAGUUUCAAUGCUUGGAAUUUAUCAGAGGUGUAAAACUAACAAUGUAGAAACUUUUGGGUUAACAGGUUUGAUGUCUGUUCAAGGAUUCCAAACUCUUCUAAGUACAUCUCUAAAAAGCAGUUGGUCAAAUUGGCUUAAUAAUAACCUUACUGGUUUAAUUCUCUCCAUUUUAUCAAUUGUAAUUUUAAAAUUUCAAGAUAUAAUUGGUACUUUAAAGAUUUUUUAUUUAUAUUCCAAGUGGAUUUUAUAUUUUAAUACUGAAGUUAUGAAUAUUAAAGAUGAAAGAAUUUAUGAAUACGAGAAUACUAAGUUAUAUAAAUCUAAAAUAAGAAUUAUUGGGGGAAGCUUUGAUGUAAAAUCCAAUACUUCAGAUUCCCAUUUAGAUAAUAAGUCUCAUAAUGCAAAUCAAACCUUGAUAGAUGACGAAGUCUCGUUAAAAUCAGACAGUGAAUCUGAGAAUAUAAAGUCAUCAAUAUAUGAUAAUGACGUAAACAAAAAGACUAGUAUUGAGAACAUUAAAACUACUUUCUCGGGAAAUAUGAAAAAGAAUAAUAAAAUUACGCAUAAUAAUAAAGCUGAUUUAAAAACUAGUACAAAUAAUUUUGUUGAAACACCAAUUAUGUCAGCAAAAGUUGUUGUUUUACAAAACUAA